AUGGCUCCGGAUCGGCAGACCAUCAUGGAGACCAACAGGUCUCUCCGAACCAUCAAAAAUGAAUUAGAGAACCUCCUCGAAAAAGGCAUCAUCGACGACGACACCUACGAGAACAUCCACUCCCUCCUCCCCGCCGAGGCACCCUUGCGCGGGGGAGGCGCCCGCGCAACCCCCUUGCAACCAUCCAACGCGACGUCCCCGCCGCCACCGACCGAGGCAAUGGCCAACAUGAACCUCAAGACGGACAAGGCCCACGACGACUCCAAUGCCAGAAACACCGGCUCUUCCCAUUCUCCCGCCCCGCCACCCUACUCCCAGAACCGCGCCGCUGCCGUUGCGCCUCCUCCGCCCCCGUCCAAGCCCGUCCUCACCUACGCGCGCGGCCUAUACCGUUACAACCCCGCCGACGGCCGCGACCUCUCGUUCGACCGCGACGACAAGAUCGCCGUGCACCAGUACAUGAACGCCGACUGGUGGAUGGGCCGCAACCUGCGCACGGGACAGGAAGGCAUCUUCCCCAAGAACUACGUCGCCGUCGAUUCCCACCAGCCGCCACCGCCACAGCCGCCGCCACAACAGCGAGCCGGCCCCGCGCCUGUGCAGCAGCUCUGGCCGCCCCCGGGCCCUCAGCCGGGCUACGGCCAGCCGGGUUUCCCGCCGCCACAUCAGCCUCAGGCUCAUUACGCCGGCCCCCCGCCACAACAGAACCCGUACCAGGCUGCGGCGCCGCCCAUGGCUGUCGCCCAUGGCCCUCCCGAGCAGCAUGGCGCGGACGGCAACAAGGUGAAAGACGGGGUUACCCACGUUGGUAAGAGGCUGGGUGAGGCUGCGGUGUUUGGUGCGGGCGCGACCAUUGGCGCCAAUGUUGUCAACAGCAUCUUCUAG